GAUUUGGGUGCGAAAAGCUGCUCAUGGACUGUCGACGUUGCCUCACGCUGGAGAAUAGCGGAAUGAGCCAGCUGGUGUACACUUCAUGUUGGCAAAAUGCGACGUUUGGUACAGUAAUCCAGCCAUUUCCGGACAAUCCUCCAAUCAAAUCGCUCAAAACAGGGUAUAUAGGUCACUGUGAGCUGUAAAGCGUAUGACAUCUGUGGCUGCUGCCACAAAUGUCACAAUGCGCACAUGAAAGGGCGGAACAAUCGCUUGACCUCUUUCUCGCCAGUGGUGUCAUCAUGGGCAAGACUUCCAAGGACAAGCGGGAUAUCUACUACCGCAAGGCCAAGCAGCAGGGCUACCGCGCGCGUUCGGCUUUCAAGCUGCUACAACUAGAUGACAAGUUCGGGCUGCUGCAGGGCGCCACACGCGUCGUGGACUUAUGCGCAGCUCCUGGAGGCUGGAGCCAGGUGAUCGCGGAGCGAGUGCCCAAAGAAAGCGCUAUCAUCGCUGUGGAUCUCAUGGAGAUGGCGCCGCUGGACGGUGUGGUGCAGUUAAAGGGUGACAUCACACACAAGGCUACAGCAGACGAGAUCGUGGCGCAAUUCAAGGGACAGAAGGCGCAGGUAGUCGUGAGCGACGGCGCCCCCGAUGUGCUCGGACUGCAUGAUUUGGACGAAUAUCUACAGGCACAGCUCGUGCUGGCUGGACUCAACAUCAGCUUGCAAAUUCUGGAAGACGGUGGCACCUUUGUGGCCAAGCUCUUCCGAGGUAAAGAGGUGUCGCUGUUGUACGCCCAGCUGCGUAGAUUUUUCAGCAAGGUGACAUGUGCCAAGCCCAAGACUAGUCGCAACUCUAGCUUCGAGGCGUUUGUCGUUUGCCAAGAUUUCCGCUUGCCCAAGGAUUUCGUGCCAGACAUGGAGCGAAACUUGCUGGAUUUGCAGUACUUCGAAGAUGCCGAGGAUAACGACGACGAUGACUGGUACACGAGCCAGGUAUCAGCGGAGCGUGGCGUUUGUGUUGACGUUGUGUUUAUGGGCGCUGGUGACGUGUUUGGCUAUGACGCUGAUCAAUCCUAUCCGCUGGAUGAAGACGAGGGAGGCAACGUAGCCCAAGGCGAUGCCUCAAGGUAUGUCCAUCAGGAACCUCUACAGAAGCCUAUCAAUCCGCCAUACGCCAAUGCUCUUAAGAAACAGCAGCGUAAGCAAUAGAAGCAUGAUUAUCAUUCAGAAUGCAAUAAAGCGGAAAUUAUGCUUUUUCUAAGACUCCAUUGGGCUCACUUGCAGCCGUCUCCCCAGUUUCUUGACUGCGUUUCUUGCGUUUCUUCUUGGAGUCUUCCACUGAAGUAAAAAAAAACAAAAACAGUAAGACGUGAUGACAUUAUCGUGGCAAAACCUACUAUCACUGGCAAGUACUAUA